AUGAUUGUGUCUAACGUGAGCAUCAGCAGUUGCACAAGGUCUGAAGGCGCUUGGUGUGCCACCGGCAGCGAUGGGCACCUGGAUGCGUCCUCUCAUAGUACGCUGAGCCCGACAGGGCACCUGGUCGUGGCGGUGUUUCUUGGAUUCAUCGGCACCUUUGGUUUCCUCAACAACCUGCUUGUUCUCGUGCUCUUUUGCCGCUACAAAAAGCUUCGGUCGCCCAUAAACCUGCUGUUGAUGAAUAUUUCCUUCAGUGAUCUGCUGGUCUGUGUUCUUGGAACUCCGUUCAGCUUUGCUGCCAGCACGCAGGGACGGUGGCUCAUCGGACCGAUCGGAUGUGUGUGGUAUGGCUUCGCUAAUACAUUAUUCGGUGUGGUGUCUCUUAUCACGUUGGCUGUGCUGUCCUACGAGCGUUACUGUACCAUGAUGGCCUCCACAGAGGCCGAUGCCACCAACUAUCGCAAGAGUGGCUUGGGCAUCGGGCUGUCCUGGGCCUACUCGCUGCUGUGGGCGGUGCCGCCCCUCUUCGGCUGGAGCCGAUACGGGCCGGAGGGCCCCGGGACCACCUGCUCCGUGAACUGGGCCGCCAAGAGCGCCAACAACGUUUCCUACAUCAUCUGCCUCUUUUUCUUCUGCCUCAUCCUCCCAUUCGUCGUCAUUGUCUACAGCUAUAGUAAGCUGCUGCACGUCAUUAAACAGGUGAGCAGAGUCAACAGCUCUGUGACUCGUAAACGUGAACAGCGGGUGCUCUUCAUGGUAAUCACCAUGGUGAUCUGCUACCUGCUGUGCUGGCUGCCCUACGGCGUCAUGGCUCUUCUGGCCACUUUUGGCCGCCCAGGUCUGGUCACGCCCGAGGCCAGCAUUAUCCCGUCCAUCUUGGCGAAAACCAGCACCGUCAUCAACCCCAUCAUCUACAUCUUCAUGAACAAGCAGUUUUACAGAUGUUUCCUGGCUCUUCUGAUGUGCCAGACACCCCAGAGAGGCUCCAGCUUCAAGAGCUCAUCCAAAAUCAACAAGCCCUUCCGAACCGUGCGCCAUACCAACGACAACAACUUCACUUUCGUGGUGGCCUCCGCUGGACACCCCACCACCGGCGCCCCCAACCCCUCCAGCAGUGGGGAACACAGGGCCCCCUCGGAUAUCCCAAAACCCGCUGUCGUUUCUCUGGUGGCUCACUACGACUGCUGAAUCUCCACAGUCAGGGAACAAGCCAAGACAAACUGAAGACAUUCAGUGCCCUGAAAUAAGGCAGUGCUAUCGCCAAUAGACUGAAAUAUUUACUAAUGAGGUGACAACUAGAGGUUGUAAGAAAGAUAUAUUUAGAAAUAUGAAAUUCUGAAAUUACUCUCCCUAAAGGUUGGUACGGUUGGUAAACUUUUUCUAUAAUUUCAUAUCGCCCUCCACAGAAUUUACCUAGUGCUCUCAGGGUUCUAGUGGGGCAUUUCUAAUGGAGACAACAUAUUUACUUCAAUGUUCACAACUGUUGUAUCUUUGACAUUUUUAUAUUUAGUCAGAAGUGUUUUCUUUUUCAGAAAUUUACCGGCAAAGAUAAAAAAAUAUAUACUGUACACAUGUAAAAGCCUUGACAUUUUAUAUCAUAUCAAGAUUUGUUAUUCAAAGACAGUGAAUAACCUAUCCCUGUCCCAUUCAUUUGACAGAAUUAAUUGGCCCUUCAGACUGAGAACUGAGUGUGAUCCUGAACCUGUUUCUAUGUAUUAUUAAGUUUCUCAGGCUCAUCAAGUAUCAUCUGUCACUGGCCGAUUCCUUUUUAAAAUCAACAACAAAGGGAUAGAAGAAAAGGUGAAAAGUGCAGUAAAGUAGAAAUAAUCGUGAAGAUGGGGUGAAAUGCCCAAAACCACUGACACAGACUGAAGGUACACAAUGAUUUACCUGCAGGCAAACCCGGUUUUGCUUCAUAAGGUAUGACCAAUAGGGGUUGUGUGAGAAUUUCUCUUCUGAAUCUCUGUGUAACAUUCCAACAAUUUAAAUUACAAUAUAACUAAAAGAUUGGAUUUUUUAAAAUUAUUUCCAUAACCAGAGACCAGAGAUCUGUUUUUCAAAUCAAAAAGAGCACUGUGAUUUUUUGUUAUUAUUUCUAAUUGGAUUACUAUAAACGUUGCAAAGGAAAAGGUACUACAUUUCGGCGAUCACAAUAAAAAGCUAUCUGCUAGGGUGUGUAGAUGUUGUGUAUGGAUGAGCCUCAUGGCCAAGGAUCGUUUUGGGAAUGUGCCAGUGCUGACUGUGGCCAGUAGCUCAGUAAGCACCCAGUGGACUGCAGUGAAAGCUGCGUAUGAAAGGUCUUCCUCCAAUUCCACUCUAAUCAAGCUCCGCGGUGUGAAAAGAAGCAACUGGCAACGCCGUGUGUUUUGGAGGAGA